CUACAUGUACAAGCUCUUUGUGUUACCUUAGUGUUACCUUGCCCCACUUUAACAAAAAAAACUUUUUCUAUACAGCAGUCACCUCAGGAAGACAGCCAUGCGAUUGCUUCCUACAGCAUUGAUCGGACUCUGUUUGUUAUUUCAAAAUCGCAACUUGCGGAUCUGCGCUCUAUCUCAUCGCAGUCUCUUUCGACCAGCAGAGUUUCAUUCCACGGCUCUCGCUUGCUGUGCCGUCCAGCCAGGAGUGCAAGGACGUGUACAACUGAGGCGCACUACUUUUCGCCGAUCGGCGGGGGUGGUCGUAUGUUGUACCGCAUUGCGGGGUUGUACCGUGUCUUGGCAGCCCGUGCGCACAAUCCGCCCUUGCGCGCCCGCCCAAUGCAGCCACCAACCCUUGAUAUAG